AUGCAAACAUUCAGAGACGAAAAUAAUAUUGUUCGACUCAGAACAAAGCUUCUCUUCGGAAAUGAAGAGGAAAAUUUCAAGUGCCACAUAUUGUUGCCCGGAAGCCAUGAGAUUAUUCAUCGACUGGUAAAGCAAAAGCAUUGUGAACUACAACAUGCAGGACUUCGAACUCUGAUUGCCAAUUUAAGAGAAGAUUACUGGAUUAUUUCGAUCAAUAGAUUAGCGAAACAAGUUAGCUCUAGUUGUAUUUCAUGUAAAAGAUUCAAAGCCAAACCUACAGAACCACCUUUUACACCUCCUCCUAAGAACAGAAUAAAGGCUGCUGCAGUUUUUGAAGUUUCAGGGAUUGAUAUCGCAGGCCCUUUGUAUUUGCGUUCUGGCGAAAAGACAUGGGUUGUACUUUUCACCCGUGCCAUUUAUAGGGCUGUCCAUCUUGAAUUAGUCAAUUCCCUGUCUACAGAAGUUUUUAUUAUGGCUUUAAGAAGAAUCUUUGCUCGAAGAGGUAGAGUAAAUAUAAUCUACCCUGACAACGGUACAAACUUCAUUGGUUCAAGCAAUGCUCUAAGAAAUUUAGAUUGGGAAAAGAUCAUGUCGUUUUCCACUAUCAAGAAAAUCAAAUGGAAUGUUAACCCUCCAACAGCCGCCUGGUGGGGAGGAUGGUGGGAGCGUAUGGUUAGAAUGUUGAAAGAGAUGCUACGAAGAAUUUUGGGCAGGAAAAGUCUUGACUAUGAAGAGUUGGAAACUAGUCUAUGUGACUGCGAAGCUACAAUAAACUCUAGGCCUCUUACAUAUAUUGAAGACAAUUCUGAAGGUCUGAAGCCAUUAAAUCCCGCUUGUUUCUUACAAAGUAUUCCUAGCAGUGAAACAAUUGAUUUAGACGAAAUCGACAGUAACAGCCGGGAAGAAUCUUUAAGAGUUGGAGAGGUCGUUCUUUUAGAAACUGAUGACAAGCGUAUCAACUGGCCUUUAGGAAUCGUCAUUGAAGUAUUUUCUGGAAAAGAUGGGCACUCAAGAGUUGCCAGAUUUUACGCGGAAGCAGAUGUUCGGGAACUUCCAGACCGUCUUCCACUUCCAUACUGUCCGAAUCUGCGGAUUCAGGAAUAG